AUGCAGACGCGCGCGUCAAUAUUCGCCCAGCACAUGCCAGCCCUUCAUCAAGAGUGUCGUCGACACUGUAUCGGAGUCAAAAGCGCGGCCGUCGCUGCUUCGAGCCCCCUGUCGCGAGUCACCUCCGACAGACCGGCUAUUCGCCAGCAGAGCAGGCCCGACGGCGACAACGGAUAG